ACGAACUGGAAAGGAAGAAACCGAAAAGGCUUUUUUUUGCUCUUUGAAAUUUCUGUGGCUGAACACUGGCUGUUUUGACUUACAAAUUCUGUUGCGUUCCUCUCCGUUUUUUUUCCGAAUCUACACUGCAGUACCCACGCGCUGGGUGGAGGAAUAAUUAAUGUGUACUGCACUGUAGACUGAGAUAAUCCGGUACUGAGCUGCUCUGGUCUGAAAUAGAGAAGGAGGCAAGCAGCGCCGCCCUCUACCGCGCGCAGCAGCUCCGUGUCUCCGCGCUUGAGCGGCUCACCACUCAGGAAAUUCAUUUCAAAUACAGCCAUUCACUCCACGGACACACGCAUCUUUCCGCUCCAAGGUCACCUAGCCUGCGCAGGACACUUACGGACGUCUCUAUUCCCCCAAAGUGAAUAGCAUUGAGGUGGGCCAGUGAUGCCACCUCCAGCCACAAGUCCUCCUGCUGUGCCCCCACCAGACGGCGGGUGGGGGUGGGCUGUGGUGUUGGGAUCUUUCAUCUCCAUUGGUUUCUCCUACGCCUUCCCCAAAGCCAUCACAGUCUUCUUCAAAGAGAUCCAGAUCAUCUUCAAUGCCUCCUACAGUCAGAUCGCAUGGAUCUCCUCCAUCAUGCUUGCGGUCAUGUAUGCUGCAGGUCCCAUCAGCAGCAUACUGGUCAACACAUAUGGCUGCAGACCCAUUGUCAUGAUGGGGGGAUGCCUCUGUUCCACUGGCAUGAUCUUAGCUUCCUUUUGUAACAACGUGAUGCAGCUUUACAUCUGCAUAGGAGUAAUUGGAGGACUCGGACUGGCCUUCAACCUGCAGCCAGCACUGACAAUGAUAGGCAGAUAUUUUUAUAAGAAACGUCCCAUUGCUAAUGGGCUGGCGAUGGCAGGAAGCCCAGUCUUCCUCAGCACCCUGGCUCCUCUCAAUCAGUACCUAUUUAACCAGUUUGGAUGGAGAGGCAGCUUCCUCAUCCUCGGUGGCCUGCUGCUGAACUGCUGUGUGGCUGGCUCCCUCAUGAGACCACUGCAACCACCACCCAACAAGGCCAAAAAGAACGAAGAAUUGCCUGCCCUCCCUGCUACCACAAAAGAGAAGCGCAGUGCCUGGCAAAUAAUCAACAAGUACCUGGAUUUGACACUCUUCAAGCAUCGCGGCUUCCUCAUUUACCUGUCAGGCAACGUCAUCAUGUUCCUGGGCUUCUUUGCACCUAUAGUCUUCCUCGCUGCCUAUGCAAAGGACAUGGGUGUGGAUGAGUACUCUGCCGCUUUCUUGCUUUCAAUCCUAGCAUUUGUUGAUAUGUUUGCCAGGCCUACUAUGGGGCUACUGGCAAACUCACGCUGGAUCCGGCCAAAGAUCCAGUACUUUUUCAGCUUUGCUGUGCUAUACAACGGAGUGUGCCAUAUCCUGUGCCCACUGGUUGAAAGCUACACUGGCCUGGUGGUGUAUGCUGUUUUCUUUGGCUUUGCCUUUGGCAUGGUCAGUUCAGUAUUGUUUGAGACAUUGAUGGACCUGGUCGGAGCUCAGCGGUUUUCCAGUGCUGUGGGACUCACUACGAUUGUGGAGUGCUGCCCGGUUCUCUUUGGUCCACCACUAGCAGGAAAAUUGGUUGAUGUCACAAAAAAUUACAAGUACAUGUACUUCUGCUGUGGCGCUGUUGUGAUUCUCGCCAGUAUUUGGCUUUUCAUCGGAAACUUUAUCAACUAUAGACUCUUGGAGCGUGAGCGCAAGCACGCAGAGAUGUACAAACGAACUGAGACGGAAGAUCCGGACCCAGUUCAGGACGAGAAGGAGGCUGAUGGUGAAAUUCAGGCCUCUGAAGAUUUGGUGGAAAAGAGUGAGAAAGGUGAAGAACCUAUGCAGCGGGAGACCAACAUCUAGAAUGUUCUGCUCUGCCAACAGCUCACUGUCACCUCCACUGCAACCUUGCAGCACCAUCAACUACAAUCAAACUGAGCUCCUAGCCAAGAGGUGCCUCUCAGUGUCCAACCACGAUCUAUUUGGGGUCCUCUGUAUAACUGCCAAAGCAACAGCUAUGCUGUAAGAGGCUUUGAGGCAUAUUAUCUGUUUAUUAAAUGCAUUAGCUGUGAUUACAGUUGAAUUAUUAACCAGAGAAUUAAAUUAUUCUACUGUAUGUUUGUGAAGAGGCUUCCAUUUAGAAAGCAUUUAUAGUAGUAGUACUAGUUAUGUUUACUUUUCUGCCACAUUCACCUCAUAUUGGUUGUACUGUAAAGACUGCCACUCUGAGACACUGCUGCUGUUAUGCUACAUUCAGUUUACCACAUAACUGUGGGAUAAUUAUCUAUAUAUGUUGAUUUAAUGACGUAAGUGGGCAAAGGACAAUGUUUAUCGAGAGGUACAAACAUGUUGCCUAGAUGAAGAAAAUAAGACCAGUUACUCAAACUGGUCCAUAUAUUUCCUUAUCAUUGGAUUUUCUUUUCAGAAAUUAGAAUUAAAAAAAAAAUAAAUAAAAAAUUAACAAGCCCUGUACUUUAACUUGGGUUUGUAUAUAUUUUGAAAUGCAAAUCAAAUUUCCGUUUAUGAACAGAUUAAAUAAUCAAAAGGUACCAGGGCCCAAGUUGUCCAGAUCAAGAAUAUUAAAAAGGGCAGCUUACUUUUAGUUUAUUGUCAGUUACCCUUAUUUUAUGUAUUAUCUCCUUUAGCUUCUUUAUAGUUGUCCCUUUAUGUCCCAAAUAUUCUAAGCUGCAGCAACAAGUGUCAUUUUGUUGUUCUUGCUUUAUCUUCCAAUAUGAAGUGAAUGCAGCAUCGAAGUGUUGCCACUGUUCAAACUGUGCCAGCAUUGAAUCAAUCCAUUUAUUUUCUGCUGCUUGUCUGCGACCAGGUCGCAGGGGAAGCAGUAUAAACAGAGACCACCGUCUGUAUAACCACAUUUCAACACUGAGGCAUUCCCAUGCCAGCUUGGUCCUGGGUCUGGGCCUAAGAUGUGUACGAAACAUUUUCUCUGUGAGCCCCCCCUUAAAAGCAUCCUCAUUAGAUGUCUGUACCACCUAGGUUGGCUCCUUUCAGUGCAAAUAAGCAAUGAUUCUGCUGUGAGCCUGUCCUGAUUGACUGAGGGAGUCCGGUCAGACUCUAACCCUUCAGAGGAUGCUCAUUUCUGCCACUUAUGCAAUUCAAUUUUUUUUAGUCACAACUCAUAACUCAUGACCAUUGACCAUUGAUAUUCUUGUGACCAUAAUAAAAUAAGUCUUCUUCACAACAUAUGUGGUAAAUAAAGAAAGGUCAGGUUAGUAACUGGAAGCAAAGACAGGAUUUGAUUCAAGGAACUUUCUGUCUCUAAAAGGUCACCAGUUUAUCACCAGUGUUAUUUCUUGAUCUGUGAAGCCUCAUUUUAGUUGAGGCACACUACAUGAUAGCUGGCUGUUGAUGAGCUGUUUGGUACAAGGUUUCGUUCUUCAUAAAGAUAUUAGUGCAAUGGCCACUCUAAACAUGGACGUUUUGUAUCCUGUUCCUUUUACACAGCAGUUUCACAAAGCACCGUCGUGAUAAUCAGCUAAUACGGUCUGUCGUCCCUUUCACAUAUCAGUUUUUGUAAUCUAGUCGCAAGGAUGAGUCUAUUCAUUUGUGAAUGGACAUUUUUGUCCAUUCACAAAUGAUGUGAAUGAUGAAUGAUGAAAGCCGGCUUUAUCCCUUGCUGGUGAGUCCUUUCACAAAUCAUUACAGCUUUGCAGAAUUAGAGGAGGCGUGAUGUUAACUCUGCCAAGUUGGCAUGUUGAAAGGCGUGUAAAAUGUGCAUCUACUAUAUCCUUACACCAUCUCCCCAGUGACUCCCCAUGACCACAUGAUGAUAAAAUAUUUUGACUAUUUCAUUGCAGCUAAGAUUCUGUGAUGAUGUUUUGUGCUUUGACAUCAUGAAGCAUGCUAGUCACAUACAUCCUGCAUAAUCACAACUUCACAUUCUCAGGCCUUGAAGCAUUAAAACUUACAUGAAAUCCACCUCUGAUACUACUUCCCAUGCUGCCUCAGAGGCAAAUCAGAGGUGGGCAAACUCUGACAAACUCUGCUCUUUCACAUAUUACACUCAUCCGCAACUAAGGUGCAUCAGUCCCAGCUUGUAAAGGUUUGUGAAAGGAACUCCUGUUGAUGGGGAGCUGUCUACAGUGGAAAAAAAAAUAGAGCAUCCAGUAUCAAAAGUUAGAAAAGUCAGGUCAUGUUGAGCCAAACCAUAUAAUGGAAAAAAAGUAACUCACUGUUCAAAUAGCUAAUGGUUUUCACUGUUCCAGCUGCACAGUCAUAGCAAACACUUUGCAACUGCAGGUGCUAUGUCAUUAACCCAGACAACUGACCAAGCUAAACAACUGAUGAAGUCUGAUAGGGUAUAUCCAUAAACAUGGCCAUUCUCUAAGCAUAAAACUUUAAAAUCAAUUUAAAAAGAACUGGGAAACUUCUAACUACAGUAGUUGGGUGCCCUAAAUUUCCACCUACCAUUAAUAAAGAACAGAUGUGUUCACAGCUGGUGACGCUGGUGCCUGUGUAUUAUGCUGCCCGCCUGAGCACUGUAACCCUGUGCAGUAAAACCUGCACAAACUUUUGAUCUACUCAUAAAAUGCUGCAUUAAAUGUCUUGGGUUUCAUAUUCUAACACUCAUAUACAGUAUGCUGCACUAAAAGAGGUAUUGCCACACUUCACCCCUAACAUUGUUAGAAAACUGCUGCAAUUCACUGAAUUUAAUUGUGGUUGAAUGUAAUUUCCUCUGUGGGCCUUAAUAAGGUAUUAAUGACCAAAACCCAUCUGCAUAAUCAUGCUUUUUUUCUACACGUAGAGCCCAUGAGCAACAUUCACUUAUUUUAAUGCAAAUAUACAGGGAAAUGUAUUUCUAAUGGCGGUCCAUUCUGUGAUACAUUGCCUUAAAUGUAAUGCAGUGUAAUGAGCGCAGGGGGGUUUUACAGUUCAUACUUGAUAGUGUUAUAUGAAGCUUUGUGUUAACUGUGAACCAUUUUUUGUUUUGCUGUGAUGCAGGAUAAAACUCACAAAACAUUGAGUGUCAUUUGCUCCAUUUGUGUCCGAACAUGUCUGUAUUGAAAUGUUAAAGCUUUAAGUAAUUGUGUUAUUCAUACUUUCGUCUCUACAUUAACUAACUCAUUAACCACAUACUUGUCAGGGUGUUAGCAAAUAUCAAGAAUUAUACUUCUAAGUCAUUAAUUCUAAUCGAUCUACCUGUAUAGUAUGCACUAAAACAUGCUGGAUUGUUUUACCUUUUGCUGUAAAUGUCAAUAUUAUUCGAUAUUCUGUCCAUUCCAUGUGUAAAGCUUUUUAGAAGUGUUACCUUGCUGCAUGUUUGAUCUGUUUUUCCUGAAUACCUGCCACUAAAACCUGACUAAAUGGUCUCAGAUAUUAUUCAAAAGCUAAACAUGUUUUAUCUACAAAUGCAACGUAAUGUUUCAAAGUGACCAUGAACGAUCAAAGGUUAUUUUCUUUUUAUUUCCUCUACUUUCAAUCACUAAAUGUGUAGCAGUGGCUCAACAUCUCAUCUUCACCCUAGACUCAAGAUGAUGCUGAUUUCUGAGAUCGACAUGGCGUGGUUCAAGGGACUAUCAGCUCAAUCAGCUGUAAUGUGAAUCCUAGAGUGAUAUGUGUUCUUUCUAAACUUUAGAGUCUCUGAGUUUAGCUGUUGACCACAACUUGGUCUCACUUAUAUUUCUACUUUGGGAUACCUGAGUCUUAAUUAUGAAUAUUGCUUCUCAACUUGGAACUUUGACUCAGUCUCUAAAAAUGCACUUGGUUCACUAGCAUUUCAUGCACAUAUUACACAAGUAAUAUGUUUAUAUUCUUAUGUCUGUAUUCUCCAUAUAUCCUUGUGAAUGUUAUCUUGCUUGCACUUAGUGAUAAGAGGAACUACUUGCAUCUCUGAUCUCAUGAUGAUUGUCAAUGAGGGAAACUGACUGCUGUACAAUCACUUUCUACCAAAUAACACUGCCCCCUGCUGGUAUCAGACUACCCAAACUAAGUUUCAUUCAUUUCAUUUUUGUAAUAGAAUCACAAUAGUUUUUUUCUUCCACUUAUUUCUAUUUUCAUGACCUUGAAUCAAAUGUUUUGAUUUUCCUAUUAAAAUAUGCUCAUACAACAGCAAAACCUUGUAUUAGAACCAGAAAUACAAGGUGUUUCCCCCAUUUGUCAAUGCAUGCAAACAGUUCAAACUACACCCAUUUUCCUAAUAUUUAGAAAGAUGAAAUGAAAAACAAAGAAUGUGUUAUUCCUCUAGCAGGCGGAGCAUCAAUGACUGUUGUCCAGCAGUGAGCAUGCAACAAAGAAAAUGCAAAAUAUUUGGUGUUCAUAUGACAAGGUAACUAAUAUAUGCUUGAAAUGUUAUGACUGUGCUGCAAAGCCAUUAAAUAUUUAUCUAUAGUAUUUUGCUAUAUAAGUUUAUUCCCAGAAGAAAAAGAAAUGCAAUUUGUUCAGUUUAUCAGUGUAUAAAUUUAAGAAAUAACACGCACCAGUAUAGCCUUACAAAUUAAACUGCUUGGCAUCAGAAUGAUUUUAUUUAAUUAUUUUUAUGUGUGUAUAUUUAAAAGCAAGAGAUUGAUCUUUAGAUUUACUUAAAUCCAAAUUUGGUCAAGAUAUUAUGUUUGAAUUAAUAUUAAGUGGGGUUUCCCUCCUUGGAUUAUUUUUGUAAACAUAGUCUAAUAAUUGUAAAAGAAGAUGCUCACUUUAGAAAUAUUUAUUUAACUUUUUGUAUAGCUUAAUUUUUCCUGUGAAAUCAGUGUGCUGGUUAAAAGAGAUUAACGUUUGAGUUGAACUGGGAAAGCAGACUGGAGGCCCCCGAACUUGUACUGUUCAGUAUAUAAAGAGUCAGAAAUAAAGAAGUUG